AUGGAGGGCAGCCAAAGAUAUCAGGGAUUCAAGAUUGAGGACUCACAUACUGACUACUAUGAAAAAUAUGAUGUCACUUCGAAGGAAAGCAUCUGGGUCAAGAUGGUUGCAGAAGAUAGUCUAUCAUCUCUGAGCUCAAGUGAGGACGAGCUAGAUUUCGUUCCUGUGGAUUCCAAAGAGAUUCAGCACAACUCAGGAUCAGUUUCUGCUUCUAUGGAGUCACAUCGAAAACAAAUAACAAAAGAGAGAGCUAUCAGGCUGGCCCCUAAAUUUGCAAGUUGA